UAAAAAUGGCGGCUAUUUUGACAUCGCAAAGUAAAUCGAGUCUCGAGAUAGAUUUGCCGAAUGUCAAACGUGAUUUGUUAAACAGCAUUACAGAAUGUUCGCAGCGGGGCCUUACACAAAGUGUGAAAUGGUGUGCAGAGUUGUCAUAUGCACUGAAGUCCAUCAAACCAUCUCCAACGACUUCACAAAAUCAACCACAAGAGGACUUUCUUGCAGAGUUUGACCAGUACACAUUGGCAAAGUCAUACUUUGACCUCAAGGAAUACGACAGAGCAGCUUACUUUGUUGACAAAUGUCACAGCCAAAAGGCCUUCUUUCUUCAUGUCUACGCUCGAUACUUGGGAGGUGAGAAGAAGAAAUAUGAUGAAGUUGCCGAUCUGACCGGUCCGAUCCAGUACAAGACGAUGAAGAAUGAGACACUCAAAGCACUUAGGAUUGACCUGAGUAAGAAAUACUCAGAAGGCUCGUUGGAUGGCUUCUGUCUUUACCUAUACGGAGUGGUUUUAAAGAAGUUGGAGUUGAUGAAAGAAGCAGAGAGUGUCUUGGUAGAAGCAAUCCGAGUGGAACCAUACCACUGGGGAUCUUGGGUUGAGCUGACGAGUCUAGUGACUGAUAAAGACAAGCUAAACUCUCUGACAUUACCAGAUCUCUGGAUUAAAGAGUUCUUCAUUGCUAAGACAUAUCUAGAGCUUCAACUCAACGAUGAAGCACUCAAGAAAUACACAGCCCUAAGUGAUGCAGGCUUUAAAGACAGCACUUACGUUAUCUCACAGAUUGCUCUUGCCCACCACUAUGUCAGAGACAUGAAUCGAGCUGUGGAACUUUUUGGUCAGUUACAGAAAGUGGACCCUUUCCGUCUUGAGAACAUGGACAUCUACUCCGAUCUAUUGUAUGUGAAGGAAAUGAAGGCCGAGCUGAGUUUCUUAGCCCAUCAUGUUUGUGAAGUAGACAAGUACAGAGUUGAAACCUGUUGUGUUAUUGGUAACUAUUACUCCUUAAGAUCCCAACAUGAGAGAGCUGUCUUGUAUUUCCAGCGAGCGUUGAAGCUCAACCCACAUUAUCUAUCAGCAUGGACUCUUAUGGGUCAUGAAUACAUGGAGAUGAAGAACACACCCGCUGCUAUCGAGGCAUACAGACAAGCUAUCGAAUUAAACAAGAGGGACUUCCGAGCAUGGUACUGUCUAGGACAGACUUAUGAGAUUCUACGCAUGCCACUGUACAGUUUGUAUUACUACAGACAGGCACAACAAGUCAGACCCAAUGAUUCACGAAUGUUAGUAGCUCUUGGCGAAAGCUAUGAGAAACUCGAGAAGAUUCCAGAAGCUAAGAAGUGUUACUGGCGAGCGUAUUCCGUCGGAGACAUUGAAGGGACGGCUCUGAUUAAAUUAGCAAAACUCCAUGAAAGUCAAGGAGAAGGGGAAAGAGCAGCGACAUUUUAUACUAAAUAUGUGGAGCAGGCAGAGGCCAUGGGGACCGGCAUGGUUGAAGAGCAAUGUGAUGCUUAUCGAUUCUUAGCCAACUAUCAUCUCAAGAAGCGGAAUUUUGAAGAAGCAAGCAACUAUGCUCAUAAAUGCUGUGAAUAUAAUGAGACGAGAGAAGAAGGCAAGUCGAUUCAGACGGAGAUUUCCCAGCUUCGUGCUAAUGAGGAGGACUCUACAAAUAACAUCAAUAGAGGGGGUGAUAUUGGAUCAAUUACAAGACCAUCUCAAAACAUCAGCGAUCAUCCUGAGAUAUCGGGACAAUUGUCUCCUAUGAAUCUGGCUUUUACUCCAUAAUCCGCUCUUGAUAAUUUAAAACCCAUGUACAGUUGAAUGGCGCUUUCAGUUGUGUUUUGAUCACUUCCUUGUAUACGCGAUUUGUACUGCACAGUUUUAAUCGCAUUCUGUCACUUUUGUUGCGCAGUAGUGUUAAGUUGCUGUAGCGGUGGAUUAUAACGACUCAAUUAAAGGUCUUAUUGUCCGUGAUGGAUUAAGAUGUCUCUGUAGUGGUAAUGUGCUUUCAGUCCUUAUGUAGGGUGUCGUGGCCGAGCGGUUAAGAGCACCGAAUUCAAGCUCUGCUGAUUCUGCCCAGUGACCAGGGGUAAUAAUUUGAAGCGCUUUAAGACAUCCGUUCGGGAGUGAAACAGCGCUAUAUAAACUCAAAAUGUUAUUAUAUUAUUAUAAUUAACAACUGUUUUGGGUACGAAUAAAUAUACCCUCGGAAGUGAUGUUAGAGAGCACCACCACGCGGUCAAAAAUCCCAGUCUUUGCCUGAACAAAUCACCAGUGGGCUGUGGUGUGUUGUGUCUGAGUGGUCUAGGUCAACAGACCCAAGCUCUGAUGUUUCAGCAGCAGCAGAGUGUGGGUUUGAAUCCUGGUCAUGACACUUGUGCCCCUGAGC